AUGCCUCAAUCUCCUAUGAUAUCCACUCCACUGAAGCAGACCAAUGAAAUUGACUGGGUGUUUCCCUUGAAGAGUUACAUACGACAGACCUAUGGCGAUGACCCUGAAAGAUACGCUGAGGAAUGCAAUACGCUCAACAGGUUGAGACAGGACAUGAGAGGAGCUGGGAGGGACAGCACAGCAGGAAGAGACCUCUUAUACCGCUACUACGGGCAGCUUGAGCUUUUGGACCUGCGAUUCCCGGUGGAUGAAAAUCAUAUCAAGAUAUCCUUUACCUGGUUCGAUGCCUUCACCCACCAGCCAACGUCUCAAUAUUCUCUCGCGUUUGAGAAAGCAUCUAUCAUUUUCAAUAUCUCCGCAGCGCUUUCUUGCCAUGCUGCUUUUCAAGACCGGAAUGACGACUCCGGUCAGAAGUCGGCAUAUCACUCGUUUCAGGCUUCAGCCGGCAUGUUCACAUAUAUCAAUGAGAAUUUUCUGCAUGCACCUUCGAAAGAUCUAAGUAGGGAAACUGUCAAGACUUUGAUAAUGUUGAUGCUUGCUCAAGCCCAAGAGGUAUUUGUUGAGAAACAGAUUGCUGAUGGAAGGAAGGUUGGCUUGCUUGCGAAGCUUGCAAGCCAAGCUGCUUUACUCCAUGCUCAGGCACUCGAAGGCGUCCAGGAAAAUGUAUCUAAAAAUGUUUUCGAUCGAUUAUGGUUACUACUAACUCAAAUCAAAGCCAGCCAUAUGUCAUCUGUUGCACAAUACUACCAGGCCCUGGCCGACGAUGAUGCUAACGCUCAUGGCGUUGCUAUUGCAAGACUAGAAUUGGCGGAGCGGGAAAGCAAAGAUGCUGUGCGUGGUGCAAACUCGUUCCCCACCGCCGUUACUUCUACCUCGAAUCUUAGCUCGGAGACGCGAGCCAGUCUCCUUGAGUUGACGACGAGGCAUACAAGCAACGUCCAGGAGAGACUGGCCACUUGUAACAAAGACAAUGAUUUCAUAUAUCACCAGACAGUUCCUGCGGAGGUGUCGCUGGCAGUGAUUCCGAAGUUAGCAGCCGCAAAAGCAAUACCUGUGGGCGAGCUGUAUCAAGGCCAAGACAUUCAGCGCAUCAUUGGACCCGAUAUCUUCCAGAAGAUUGUCCCUAUGGCUGUAACUGAGGCCGCAAGCCUAUAUGACGAGGAAAAGGCUAAGCUUGUCCGUGCUGAGGCAGAGAAUGUUGAGACAGCAGACGGCGAAAUGGCUGCGAGCCUUGAUUAUUUGAAACUUCCUGGGAGUUUGAUCGUCCUCAAAGGCGGGAUGGAACAGGAAAUUUCGGUUGAUGAGGAUUUCCAUUCUUGGUGUCAGGAAUUAGCCGGUCACGAGCCGUUUGGUAAGGCGUUCGAGGCUUUACAAGCAGACAAGGGUGAAGUUUUGAGCGCUUUAGGGGGAUGCUCGAAAUCAUUGGAUCAAGAAGAAAGUACUUGUGAGAAAAUGAGGUCUAAAUAUGGCGCCGAGUGGACCCAGCAGCCCAGCUUAAGGCUGAACGCCACUCUGAAAAGUGAUAUAAAGGUCUACAAGCGUGCGAUCGACGAAGCUAGCUCGAGCGACGCUCUAUUAAUUCAUAGCUCUCGUCAAAACGAAUCCGACUUCGACGAGAUGCGAUCUGCUGGAGAGACCCAUGAGGCUGAUGUGUUGUAUCAGCGAGCGAUGAUGAAAUCCGGCAGCGGUAAAGGGAAAGGUCGGGAUGGCUUCGGUAGCCCUGCUGGCACCAGUGUGAUGGAUCAAGUCGGCAAGGUGGAGGAUCUACUCAGGAAGUUAGAGUUGGUCAAGCGUGAUAGAGCUCAAGUGCUGAAGGAUCUGAAGGAAAAGGUGCAUAACGAUGAUAUCUCGCACGUCUUGAUCCUAAACAAAAAGUCCAUUUCCAACCACGAGCAGCAACUCUUCCAGGCGGAGCUUGACAAGUUCCGACCCCACCAGAAUCGUCUCUUGCAAGCGAAUCACAAGCAGACGGCUCUGAUGAAAGAGCUGACGAAGACGUAUUCUAUUCUCCUUCAGGACAAAAGGGUCAAAUCAGAACAAGCCAAAUAUGAUAACUUCACUAGGCAGCGUACACUGGUCCUAAUGAAAUACAAAAAAGUCUUUCAGGCUUUCAACGAUCUCAUGGAUGGCCUUGGCAGAGCACAGGGUUUCUAUUUAGAGAUGAAAGAAACUGUGGACAAUCUCGAGCAGAAUGUCGAAAGUUUUGUUAACAACCGGCGCGCAGAGGGCGCCCAGUUGCUCAAUCAGAUCGAGCAGGACCGUCAAAAUACUGUUGAUAGCCAGACGGAUCGUGAACGUGAUCGCUUACGCGACCUCAUGGAACGGAUGUCAACAGGGACAACACCAUCAUCUAACCAACCAAACUCUGCACGCCCGUCAGCUUCCUCGAGAAGCUCACAACCAAAUGAGGUGUAUGGCAAUAGGCCGCCAGCAGUAUCACCUUCAUUUCAAUCGCCCCUCUCUCCAAAUUACAAUAGCAGCACCUUUAAUCGAUCGCCUAUAACCGAAUCUCAGGCGCAGCGGAACCAUCGUUCAACCCCAACAUCACAAGCAUCAUAUCCUUAUACUAUGGCGACAAGCCAAGAAGCCCAUUACAAUCCCCUGCAACACUUGUAUCAGCCGCCCAUGUCACACCCGAAUCAACAGCAAUAUGGACAAAGCCCGCAGUAUGUUCCACAGCAAAAUACCAAAGUGCCACAAGGAUACGUACCGCCUCCUCCACCUCCUGGACCACCACCUCAUUCGUCUGGCUAUCCAUAUCACCCUUCCAAUCACCGGCCGCCGCCCCAAGGAAGUAGCCAACAUCAACAGCCUAAUGAUCCUUGGGCUGGUCUGAACUCUUGGAAAUGA